UUAUUCAAAAUGCUAUUUACAAUUGAGAAAAUCAGUUACCAGAUGAUACAAUGAGCUGUUGUAUAAUUGCAAAAUGGUGUGCAUUUACAUGACGACAGUAGUGUGCCUCAGUUGCUGUGUACAUUUUUUAAUCAUUAAUAUAGCGUUUUUUUGAAAUAAAAUACAAUAUUGUAGUUUUUCUCUCAUUCUUUUUUCCACCCUCUCAACCAAUCAUAGGCUCUUCAAAUAAGCCCAACCCAAUCUCUCCCCUCCCCCGACUACUUGCCCAUGUCACCCUCUCUCUCUCUGCCUCUCCAUUCUCCUCCCUACACAUUUCCGCUUACCAAUUUAACACGUUUAAAUAGCAAUAGAAAUAGACUGAAGGGUUGAACUACGGCACUGUCGGGGGACUGGUGGAACAUUCUGUUGUGGAGGGAUGGAAAAGCAUCAUGGUUUUCUGUGCAAGAACCCUCAUGAACUUUACUACAAGAUGAUGCAAAGCAAAGAAAAGAUGAAAAGGGAAAAGAUGGAUCAUCUGAAUCAGUGUAAGAAGAGGCUGAGGGUGUGUGUGGCGACAUGCAACAGGGCUGACUACUCGAAACUGGCCCCGAUCAUGUUUGGGAUCAAAUCCCACCCUGAUGACUUUGAGCUGGAUGUAGUCGUGCUCGGUUCACAUCUCAUCGAUGAUUACGGGAACACUUUUCGUAUGAUUGAGCAGGAUGACUUUGACAUCAGCUCCAAACUGCACACAAUUGUUCGAGGGGAGGAUGAGGCAGCCAUGGUGGAGAGUGUUGGGCUUGCUCUGGUCAAACUUCCAGAUGUCCUACAAAGAUUGCGCCCGGAUCUUGUCAUUAUCCAUGGAGAUCGUUUUGAUGCACUGGCUCUAGCAACUUCUGCUGCACUGAUGAACAUUAGGAUACUUCACUUAGAGGGAGGAGAGGUGAGUGGCACAAUUGACGACUCAAUCCGCCACGCCAUCAGUAAACUGGCCCAUUAUCAUGCCUGCUGCACACGGAGGGCAGAGCAACACCUCAUUUCCAUGUGUGAGGACCACUCUCGAAUCCUACUGGCUGGCUGUCCCUCCUAUGACAAGCUGCUGUCACCUCAUAACUCGGAAGUCUAUUUGGAUAUCAUCAAGAGCUGGUUGGGAGACGACGUGAAGGAUCAUGACUACAUUGUGGCUUUGCAGCACCCUGUCACCACUGAUAUUCAGCACUCUAUCAAGAUCUAUGGACUCAUGUUGGACGCACUUGUCUCCUUCAAUAAAAAGACCCUCAUCCUCUUUCCCAACAUUGAUGCCGGAAGUAAGGAAAUGGUGCGUGUCAUGAGAAAAAAGAGCAUUGAGACACAUCCCAACUUCCGGGCAGUGAAGCACAUUCCCUUUGAGCAGUUCAUCCAACUGGUGUGCCACGCCGGCUGCAUGAUUGGAAACAGCAGCUGCGGUGUGCGAGAGGCCGGGGCCUUUGGCACACCGGUCGUCAACCUGGGAACAAGACAAACAGGCAGAGAGACAGGUGAAAAUGUUCUACAUGUGAGGGAUGCUGACUCGCAUAAUAAGAUCUACCAUGCUCUGCAACUGCAGUUUGGAAAGCGAUACCCCUGUUCUAAGAUCUAUGGUGAUGGAAACGCCGUCCCUCGCAUUGUCAAGUUCUUACAAUCUAUUGACCUGAAUAAGCCCCUUCAGAAGACUUUCUGCUUCCCUUUGGUGAAAGACUCCAUAUCUCAAGACAUUGAUCACAUCCUGGAGAAACAAAGUGCUUUGGCUGUGGACCUUGGUGGGACCAACCUCAGAGUAGCAAUCGUCUGCUCCCAGGGAAUUGUAGUGAAAAAAUAUACUCAACCGAAUCCAAAGACCUUUGAGCCCAGGAUGCAGCUCAUAUUGAAAAUGUGUGAAAAUGCCAUGCAAGAUGCAGUGUCUCUCAACUGUAGGAUACUUGGUGUUGGAGUAUCCACUGGCGGACGCGUAAAUCCAGAAGAGGGUGUGGUACUGGACUCAACAAAGCUAAUCCGGGAGUGGACGUCUGUGGAUUUGAGGACACCCAUCUCAGAUGCCUUUCACCUACCCGUCUGGGUGGACAAUGACGGUAACUGUGCAGCCUUAGCUGAGAGGAAGUUUGGUCAUGGAAAAGGAGUGGAGAACUUUGUCACUGUGAUCACAGGAACAGGCAUUGGAGGAGGGAUUAUCCAGCACAACGAGCUGAUCCAUGGCAGCACUUUUUGCGGUGCCGAACUGGGUCACAUCAUGGUGUCAUUAGAUGGCCCUGAGUGUUCGUGUGGAAGCCAAGGAUGCAUCGAGGCUUAUGCUUCUGGACUGGCCCUGCAGAGAGAGGCCAAGAAAAUGAAUGAUGAUGAACUGCUUAAAGGGGAAGGGUUGACGACGAAGCUCUCUGAGCCCAUCACUGCUGCUCACCUCAUCAACGCAGCAAGACUGGGGAACGCCAAAGCUGUCGCUGUUCUCAACAAGGCCUCCACGGCACUGGGUGUGGGCAUUAUCAACAUCCUUCAUACACUCAACCCCUCACUUGUGAUCCUAUCCGGUGUCUUAGCCUCGAUCUACGAAGAACCAGUGAAGCACCUCAUUGCUAGUAGAGCUCUCUUACCGGCUCAGAGCACCAAGGUGGUCACGUCAGACUUGGAAGAACCCGCUUUACUAGGAGCUGCGAGCAUGGUGUUAGACUAUGCUACAAGAAGGACUUAUUAAAAGGAUUUGCAGUCCUUGUCUCUUGAUUUACUAACAUUCUAAAGUUGUUCCCAGGAUAUGUUAAUAUUUCCACAUUUAGUUUAUUUAAUUGAAAAAUGUAUUUACUUUUUGGCAUAUGAUGUGUUUAUCAAAGUGGAAAAAAAUUUCCACUUGUUGACAAUUCAUCCAUUCCAAACUAAUGUUUAGCCGGAUUCCUGCGUGGAUAAUCCAUUGUGUAUUCUUCAAUCAGAUCAAAUCUUAUUAGAUUUCCCUGGUUUAAAAAAAAAAAGCAGUUAAAAAAAUGUUAUAUAUAUAUACACACACACACACACACACACACUCUAUAUAUACAUACACACACAUACGGGCACAGGAUAACCGCCUACUUAUUUUUCAAUAUUUUUGGGGGACGGGGGGAGGAAUAACGAUUUUGCGAACACACCGGUAUUUUUUUUUAUUGCGUGUCUUUCAUUUCGCUUAUUUGUUAACCCAUCAGUUUUUGUUCCAAUUUUAAUGAAAUAAAAAUACCAAUAUGUGUUCUAA